AUGUUCCACCAUCGCCAUGGCUGUGGCUGUCCCCUCCUCAUCCUCCUCCUCCCGGGUUUCCCCUUUGAUGAAUCUUCGCUGCCGUGCGCAGAAGCGGCGGCCGCCGGUAGCCAUAGGGUCGUCCUCUACCCGCACUCGGAGAAGGUCUCGUCCAUCGUGAGCAGCAAGUACAGGACCACCUUCCAUUUCCAGCCCCCCAAAAACUGGAUCAACGAUCCAAAUGGACCUCUGUACUACAAGGGCUUGUACCAUCUCUUCUACCAGUACAACCCCGGCAGUGUGGUUCCGGGCAACAAGACCUGGGCCCACUCGGUCUCCACCGACCUCGUCAACUGGCUCAGGCUCGCGUCGGCAUUGGACCGGACCGAGCCCUACGAUGCCAGGGGCUGCUGGUCUGGCUCAGUCACUGUCCUCACCGAUGGCCGGCCAGCCAUCCUCUACACCGGCGCAGACGACGUGAAGAACCAAGCCCAAUGCAUCGCCUUCCCGAGUAACAGCUCCGACCCGUACCUCAGGGAAUGGACCAAGCCCAGCAGCAACCCGGUGAUCCGGCCGGAUGGGCCGGGUCUGACCCCAAAACAGUUCAGGGAUCCGACGACCGGCUGGACCGGACCGGAUGGGCAGUGGAGGAUAGCAGUUGGGGCCGAGCUGGACGGCUACAGUGCGGCACUCUUGUACAAGAGUGAGGACUUUGCGAGUUGGAGCAGGGUUGAUCACCCGCUCUACUCCUCCAACUCAUCCACCAUGUGGGAGUGCCCCGACUUCUUCGCGGCACUGCCUGGCAACACCAGCGGACUGGACCUCUCCGCGGCGGUCCUGAAUGGUGCCAAGCAUGUCCUCAAGAUGAGCCUAGAUUCCUGUGACAAAUACAUGGUUGGGGUAUAUGAUCUGGAAGGCGAUAAGUUUGUGCCAGAUAAUGUCAUGGACGAUAGGCGUCUGUGGCUGAGGAUCGACUACGGCAAUUACUACGCGUCCAAGUCAUUCUUCGACGCAAAAAAGGGAAGGAGGAUCAUAUGGGGCUGGGCUAACGAGUCGGAUAGUUCGUCGGAUGAUGCCGCAAAAGGUUGGGCUGGGAUCCAGGCGAUCCCCAGGACUAUAUGGUUAGAUGGCGAUGGUAAUCAGUUGCUGCAAUGGCCCGUUGAAGAGAUCGAGUCCCUUCGAAGAAACGAAAUUAGUCAUCAAGGAAUAGAGCUGAAAAAGGGUGACAUGUUUGAAAUUAAGGGGACUGAUACUUUGCAGGCGGAUGUGGAGAUAGAGUUUGAGCCGGGAACCAUGGAUGAAGCUGAUGCUUUUGAUCCUUCCUGGCUAUUGGACACAGAGAAGCAUUGCAGGGAAGCAGAUGCAUCAGCUCCUGGUGGCCUGGGGCCAUUUGGGCUUGUGGUUCUAGCCUCUGAUGACAUGGAGGAGCACACUGCCGUGCACCUUAGAGUCUACAAAUCAAAGCACAAGCACAUGAUUCUUAUGUGCUCUGACCUAAGAAGGUCGUCCCUGAGACCAGGGCUGUACAAGCCGGCCUAUGGGGCCUUCUUCGAAUUUGAUAUUGAAAAGGAAAGGAAGAUAUCUUUGAGAACAUUGAUUGAUCGUUCGGCGGUGGAGAGCUUUGGUGGUGGCGGCAGGGUUUGCAUCAUGGCUAGGGUCUACCCAGUUGUGCUGGUCGAUGACAGAGGCGCUCGUAUGUAUGCUUUUAACAAUGGCACGACCGUGGUCAUGGUGUCACAGCUCAAGGCAUGGAGCAUGAAGAGGGCACAGGUGAAUGUGAAGAAGGGAUGAAGUACUUACCCAACAGAACAAAUGCUAUUGACAGUGGUGCAAAAUUGUUACUUGACUGACCUCUAGUCCAUACUGUUGUGGAACGUAGAUUACUCCCUCCGCCCCGAAUUACCUGUCGCAGAAAUGGACGUAGUAGUUACUAGUCAUGUUGUUAUGGUGCAAAAAUAUGGUUGUGUGCAUUGCAUGAAGCAUGUCUUAAAAAAUGAUGUGAAGUACUGGUGAUUCGUAAAACAAACACUGUACUUGUUUUAUUGUCAAAACUGCACAUAAUUCUCAUGCUCAAGCACUGGUGCUCGACAUUUAUAUGAUGUUUGAGUUGACCUAUUUCUCAUCUUGUAUGCAA